AUGGCGGAUAUACAAAAGACCCCCUUUGUAAGGGACCUCGCCUCGAGCGACAAGAAAGUCCGCGACAAAGCGGUUGAAUCACUCACAUUAUUCCUGAGCCAGAAGACCGACCUGAGUCUUGUCGACCUGCUCAAGCUCUGGAAGGGUCUCUUCUUCUGCUUCUACCACUCCGACCGACCACUCACCCAACAAGCUCUCGCUCGCGCAAUCUCUUACCACAUCGUUCCCGCCCUCCCCCAUGCUACCCUACACCGCUUCCUGCGCGCUUUCUGGAUCACCAUCGGUCGGGAUUAUCACUCCAUCGACCGUCUCCGUCUCGACAAGUACCUUUUCCUGAUCCGUUGCUAUGUCGGUGUGGCGUUCGAGGUCUUCUUGAAGGGUUCGAAGAAGACAAAAGCCGAUGGCAAGAAGCGCAAGAGCGAAGACACCGGAAAGAAGGGUGGAAAGAAACAGAAGAAGGCUGAGAGCGCCGCUGUUGAGGUUGUUGAGGACAAGACUGAGCUGGAUGCGAAAUGGAGCGAUCUCGCUGCUUAUAUUGAUAUUAUUGAGGAGGGCCCACUUUGUCCUUUGAACUAUGAUGUUGAUCAGCCUGAAGAGGAUAUCGAGGCGGACUUUGUCCCAAUGCCGCAUGGUCCCGAUGGAUUGCGGUAUCAUAUUGCUGAUAUCUGGAUCGAUGAGUUGGAGAAGGUUCUCGAGUUCGAAGGUGAAGAGGGAGCGCGCAAGAUUAAGGGUGAUGUGCCUAUGGAAUUGAUAUUGCGGCCAUUGGAGAAGCUGCGCUCCGAGAGUGCCUACAGACCUGUGCGCACAAGGGUUGCGGAGGCCUUGGAUGAUGAUCGGUUGAUUGAGUGGGGAUUGCGAGUUCGGGAGAACCCUGACGAUGAGGUGGAUACCGACGGAGAAUGGGGUGGAUUUGACGAUUAG